UAAACCUAAACCUAAACCUAAACGUAAACCUAAACCUCGUGUCUCUUGUGGCUAUCGCAGAGGAAAAAGGAGAAGGAUGGAGGAGAUGCUUCUGCCGUGGGAAUUGAUAAUUGAAAUCCUGUUGAGGUUGCCGGUGAAGUCUCUUAUCCAUUUCAAAACAGUGUGUAAGUCAUGGCUUACUCUCAUCUCUGAUCCCCACUUUGCAAGCUCACAUUUUGAACUGGCUGCUGCAUGCACAGAGAGACUUGUCUUCGUAUCGCUAGCCUUAUCGUUACCUUCUGUUCCAGAAUUCCGAACCAUAGACUUCAAUGCACAUCUUUUGGAUGAUUCUGCUUCUCCUACAUUUAAAAACAUGUUUUAUCGUCCCAGACCCUAUGAUGAUAUUGAAUUCCUAGGUUCCUGCAGAGGGUUUUUGCUUUUGGAGUUGAAUGGUAUUUUCUGCGUGUGGAAUCCAUCUACAGGGGCCUACAAAUUUGUACAUCCGUCACCUGUUGUUACGGGUCGUCGCAAGUUUUUUGCAUUUCGUGGUUUUGGAUAUGACCCAUCAACAGAUGACUAUUUGGUGGUUCAGGUGUACCACAACAAACUCUCGGGUGAUUAUGCAACCCUCGUGGACUACUUUUCGAUCAAAACUAAUUCAUGGAAAGAAAUUGGUGCUACCCCUUUGAAUUAUAGGCAAUGCUUUUCUUAUAGGAAUAGUACAGCCGGGUGCUUCUUGAAUGGUGCUAUUCAUUGGUUGGCUGUUUGUUAUGAUGCAUCAAUCCAUGUUAUUGCAGCCUUUGAUUUGACGGAAAGGAGUUUGUCACAUAUACCUCUGCCUCUUAAUUUUGAGCACCACGACUUUAAUCCAAGUUUUUUGAGGAUACUUGGAGGAUCCCUCAACCUGUGCUCUCUGGGAAGAGACUCAUUGGAAAUAUGGAUGAUGAAAGAAUACAAAGUGAAGUCAUCGUGGACUAAGACUGUUGUUAUGCCUAUCGAUGCCCUUCCAACUGGGUUGUUUUUUCCAAUAUGCUAUACAAAAAGUGGUGAUAUUGUUGGAACAAAUGCCGGAGCUAGAUUGACAAAAUGUGAUGUCAAUGGAGUACUGCUAGAGCAUCGAUUCUAUCGUACUGGUUCAUCUGGAUCCAAGGUGGCUGUGUAUAAAGAGUCUCUACUUUCACUCCCUUGUGAUACCAAGCAAGCUGGAGAAGAUGAUUAACAACAAGGAACAAAAAUUAGGUCAAAUUAAACCGGGUGGUGAUCUGCAUAGUGAACACAAGCGAUUAAUUCAAAAGCAUGCUACUUCCCCCUCAUGUUCUGGACGUGGCAUAUAGAAGACGCUAGAGGAUGGUAUUGCAAAUAUUCUGGUCUAAGAAAUUGUGGGUCUAAAUAUGAAGAUUGUGUUAAGUGAUAGAUAGAUAGAUGGAUUUUUUCCAACUUGUCUCACCACCUAAAUUAAAAAGGACGAGUAACGCAACAUUUUUUAA